AGUUUCAGCCUGAGCUCAUCUUAGAGUUGUGGUCAGUGAGUGUGGUGAUUAAUAUAUAUUUAUUUAGGAUACAAAUCCUUUAAAACGAGCCCAAAAUGAACGGAGGUUUCUUGUUAGAGGAGGACAUCGAAUUGUCUUCAGUUGAUAGUUCCAGAGAUAAUGCCACUGAAAUCGUCCCUCACUAUUCGCAGCCACUGCUCACAUUUGCUGCAGUGUCCACUGUACUCAUUAUGGUGGUUGGGCUCGUUGGCAACCUUCUCACUAUUGUUGCACUCCUCAGGUGUCCACGAGUAAGAAAUAUUGCGGCAGCCUUCAUAAUCAGCCUAUGUGCAGCUGAUUUCCUUUUCUCUGCCGUGGUAUUGCCAUUUUCAGCAAGCAGGUUCAUCAUGGGUACUUGGGUUCAUGGAGAUACCUUGUGUAAGAUAGUUCCACUAGUUACAUAUAGCAAUGUGGGUGUCUCUCUCUUAUGCAUUGCAAUGAUAACAAUCAAUAGGUAUAUAAUGAUAGCACAUUACGGAGUGUACACCAAAAUCUAUAAGCCUCUCUGGAUUGGAUGCAUGAUUGCUUUUUGUUGGGCUUUGAGUUUUGGCAUGCAAAUUCCAACAUUCUUAGGAUAUUGGGGUAAAUAUUCAUAUGAUCAUAACCUUAGGACCUGUUCAAUAAUGGAAGAUGAAUGGGGUCGGUCAUCAAAGCAAUCUUUAUUUUUGAUUGCAUUUGUUAUUCCUUGUCUUAUUAUUGUAGGUUGUUAUGCAAAGAUAUUCUGGGUGGUCCAUAGGAUUUUGUUUAGCUCUGAGAGCAGAAUGAGGAGGCAUGCUGCUGGAAACACUGGGAAAGACAAGAGAGAGUCAAAAACAAAGAGAAAUGAGUGGAAAAUCACAAAAAUGGUUCUGGCCAUUUUUUUGUCUUUCUUAGUCUGUUAUUUACCGAUUACCACCAUUAAAGUAUAUGAUCCUUUUGUAAAAUUUCCAGUGAUACAUGUGAUUUCAUAUCUCUUACUCUACAUGUCUGCAUGUAUAAACCCUAUUAUUUACGUGAUCAUGAACCCACAAUACCGACAGGCCUAUAAGACUGUCCUGAUGUGCCAGAGGCCAAGGCUACUGUCUAUGACACCUGCUGGAUCCAGCCUCGGAGGUCAGUUUCACAACAACGUCGUAGCAACGUAAAUCCAAAGAGGACAGUAAGACAAUAGUGUCACAAGUUUCAAUUGCAUUGACUCCUGUUCAUUUACAAGACAUGCCAGAAAUCGGUGACAAGCGUCUCUAAGGAUGUCAAUAAAGUAAAGAAAGGAAAAAAUGUUCAAAUAUUUUAGAAAACUCAGAAUGGUAUAAAAUAUAAUUCAGACCUUUUCACAAAAUUAUUCCAUUAUAGUAUGGAAAACAAAUUUUUUAACCAAAAGAUGUGAAUCAGAAAUGUAGGCAAACUGCCUUAUCAUGUCAAAAAUGUAAAUGUUUAAAGAAACAAAAAAACAAUGUUGUACAAAAAAUUGUAAUUAUUAUUAUUAUUAAUUUUUCAUUAGUAUAGUAGUCAUGAAUUGAGUUCAGGUAGUUUUGUAUUGAACAGAUUUGUAUUGUAAAUAAUAAUAUGUAAUAUGCUAUUUAUAUAAAUAUAUUUUCUAUUUUAUCUUUUGUACAUUUUAAAAUAAUAGUUUUAAUGUAAAUAGUAACGGAUCAAAUACAGAUCUCGCUUCUUGUGUUUUAUAAAAAAUGAAAUAAUUAAAAUACGUCAUAUAUGAAAUGUAUACAUCAUUUGUAACUAUUCACUCAAAACUUUAGUAAAGUCUUAUGAA